GUGCCCAUUAGAAGGUGUUUGUGAAUGGACGGGUGGCAAUAAGCAGAAGCGACUAUCUUUGGACGGACGGAUUUACUUUGCGUGUUAUAUUUGUAAACCUUGUCUCUUGUCGGUGCUUGGUGCAAGUGAACUAAACCCAAAAAUACGAGGGCCCACGACGAAUGUGUCUCGAAUGUCUACGCGUUUAUAUCCGGAGAAAAGUCGUGCGAAUUCGUGUGGUUUGGAACGUAGUUGGAUUGUGUUCUGAACCAGGAUUUAAGUGUUUAAUCGUAUUCCCCAUUUUUUCCCUGUCGCGUUCCGUACACAAUAAGUCGAUUUCGGUCAAAGGAGAUCAAAUCGCAGAAUCUCUCCAUGUAUAGCACUAGAGAAGCAAGAUAAGCGGAAUUCCGUAGUGGCGUCAUAAAGGUGUAAAUCAAAAGUGAGGAAGAUUGCAAUUUCGGGUGGAGGUUUUGUGUUGUUGUCGUCGUUCUUGGGAUGGUUCCGCAAAUGGAGUCUGAGAUUGAAGACAUCGCGAUGGAGGAAAUACACAGCUUGUGAGUCACUUUCCUGGGGGUUCCGUGUACUAUAGUGAAUCUCACCCAUGAAAGGUAUUUGCAUGUCCCAGAAAAAAGUGAUUUCGUUGCAAUAUUCGCCAAAGGCGAUGUGUGUGAAACAAGGUGUGAAAACUUCGAUUUUAUGUGUGUUCUUGAUCGACUAUCAAGAGUGGUGCAAUAAUCCUUGAGAAAAGGGAAUGGGAGUUGGCAAAAAAGGUGCGUGUUAACCAGUGUUUUCCCUAUUCAACUAAUAUGCUCCACCGAGCAAUAGCUCUCCUGGUUGCUAGGUGAAAGUAGGUGUAGUUCUAUCGGAAGUGUAAAACAGAACGCCUGAACGCCCAAUUAUGAGGUCAUCCACCAGAACACAGUAAGGGAACACCAAUUCCUGAACAUCUACGUCCAUAGUCAACCAAAGUUUGGGGCGGCAAAAAGUGUUCUUCUCACUGAAAACGUUCAGCAUUAGACAAGCCGAAUUCCUUCGUCGAUCGUCACUUGCAUGAAGAAGAUGAUCCCAUCCCGGGAACGCCAAGAAGAAUUUUCCACAUAAUUUCAGUUUGUAUCUCAAAUUGUGUAAUAAAGUGUUUCUGUGGGCUCUUUCAUUUUCGUGUGCUGGAAGUUCCAUAAAAAUAAAAGAAAAGGAAGAAGCAAUAGUUGAAUAGAGUGCGCGCAGACGAAGAGCGCUGUGGCGGCGAGGAGAAGUGAAUAAUAGUGGAACGGAGGAGGUGGUGUGGAAAAAGUGCGUGGAGAAAAGCGAUUCAAGUGCCCGAGAAGCGGAGGAACAGGCAGAGAGCAACUAAAAUCCUCUGGUGUUCGCACUACUGGGGGGAAAUAGCUGGGCCGCGCAACAUAGAAAAAAAAAGUAAUUAAAUAACAGUUAGAUUACGCUGGCUGCCUUGUUGGUUCUCGGGAGCAUCGGGGCAUCCAACGGCUCCAGAAGCAGAGCUCAGACGAAGCAGAAACCGUCCGGCUUCGGAAAUCGGAGAAGAGCCAUGUUCAACUUCAACGACGGAAUGAAGAUCCCUCGUCAAACACUUCCAGUGCUGCCAACAGUGAAGUAAUACUCCAGUGAAACUAAAAAAUAACCUCGUCAAAAUCAACUGUACCAGUUUGGUCCCAGUAUAUCAUGUAAUUAGUCGAUACAGUGUCAUACUUCUUACAGUGAAUCGUUACACACCAGCUUCCUUUACGGUUGUAAGUUAAUCAAGUGCACACAAGAAGCCUUAAGCGUGCACCGAAGAAAGCAAUCUCAACAGCAACAACCAUUCAAUCAAUCAAUCAACCGCCAGAGAAGCACCAACGGAAAAUCUACGCACCAAAAUCAGUGUAUUCGUCAUCACAAUUGAUCGAUCAGUGAUAGAGUGAAUGUUAAAUGUUCUAAAAUAGCCGAAGAAUCUCGCUUAAGAAUAUCGAAUAAGCCGCGCGCUGAAGCAAAUCUCACUGUCGCAUGUAAAUUACCAACCCGGAAAUAUCCAGUGCAAUAUUCUCAGUCAGCAACUAAACCAGCAGAGAAGAAAAUCCACAGCUGCCAUUUUUACCUUCCGCAAAGUAACCAGUGUUGUAUAUGUGUCUGUCGUAAAAAAAAGUUUUUUGAGUGUUUGUGAAUAUUAAACGUCGAGAAAGAUACGGCCGCUAUUGAAGACGGUGUUGAAUCUAUAAGUUGAUAGUUUUCCCGAAGAAAAAAUUGAAAAAAGUAAAACACACAAGAGCGGAUGAAGAAGAAAAGCUGCUGAAUUUCUGUUCAUCGGUGGAAAUCUGCCAGAGUAUUGUUAUCAUCUUCAAGCGGAAAACAAUUUUAACUGACAUUGAAGAUUCCGAUCGUUCAGAUGGGUCACUAGCUCGAUACCCUUGAUAACUCUUAAAGCUCAGCAUCUCAAAUCCCACCAUGAUUCAGCAGUUGAAAGAACACAGCAAGUUCAAAAAGAAGAGACCAGUGCUAGAACUGUACCAUUCAACAGAUCGUCCCUACCAUAAAUGAAUCUCACCCCUACCAAUGUAGAAAACGUUCGAACCCCCUUCCUGUAAGUCCUUUAAUUCAUUUUCGUUCUUUGAAUUGUCCGCAAAACGCGUAAGAACGAUCACUCUGAAACGAUCUCUCAUCGAAAGGUCAUGUACCGAUUGAACAUUGUAAGCACAAAUCCAUCUGGAAGCGUACAGCAGCAGCAGCAGGCACAGGGACAGCAGGUGAUCAGUAGUGUAGUCAGGCCUCAGCAGCAGCAGCCGCCGCCGCAAUUAGCCCUGGUUCAGACCGGAGGUUCUGGAGGAACAACGACGACCAUCAUCGGGCUGACGUCGUUGAAUGCCCUCAAUGCUACCACGAUUACCGGACUGGUGGCAGGAGCAGCAGGCAGUAGCACUUCGGCAAUCGCGGCUGCCGGCGCUAGUAACUCGGGUUCUGGACCGUCGACGGCGACGACCAAGCACAUCCUGAAGGCGGCCACCACCAACAACAACAUCAGCAUCGUCAAGAUCGUUGAUGACAUCAUGCUGAAGGCUGUCAAGGUGGAACCCCUUCCGAUGGAUACUGGAGGCGGUGGCGGCGGCGUCAGUAUGAUUCCAAGUUCGGCCACAACCAGUGGCGGCGUAACGGUGACGGCCAUUCCGGCUUCGGUGGCGCCAAUGCCUCCAGUGGCAGCCGGCACCAACGUCAGCUCAAACGGUUCCGUUACGGUUUACGCAAGCGGAAAGCGACGGUUGGAAAGCAACGAGGAAUGGAUUUCCUCUCCUAGUCCGGGCAGUGUGCCAGGUUCGGCACCGCCACUGAGUCCUUCCCCCGGCUCGCAGAGCCACACCUACACUACCACCAUGUCCAAUGGCUACUCGUCUCCGAUGUCCACCGGCAGCUACGAUCCGUACAGUCCAAAUGGAAAAAUGGGUCGUGAGGAUCUAUCGCCUUCCAGCAGUCUCAAUGGCUACACCGACGGCAGCGACGCCAAGAAGCAGAAGAAGGGACCCACGCCGCGGCAGCAGGAGGAACUGUGUCUGGUGUGCGGCGAUCGGGCGUCCGGUUAUCACUACAAUGCCCUCACCUGCGAGGGUUGUAAAGGUUUCUUCCGGCGGAGCGUCACCAAGAAUGCGGUGUACUGCUGCAAGUUCGGGCACGCCUGCGAGAUGGACAUGUACAUGCGGCGGAAGUGCCAGGAGUGCCGGCUCAAGAAGUGCCUGGCCGUCGGGAUGCGGCCGGAGUGCGUCGUGCCGGAGAACCAGUGCGCCAUCAAGCGGAAGGAGAAGAAAGCCCAGAAGGAGAAGGACAAGGUGCAAACGAACGCCACCGUCAGUACAACGAACAGCACCUACCGGUCGGAGAUACUGCCGAUCCUGAUGAAAUGUGAUCCACCGCCGCACCAAGCGAUACCUCUACUACCGGAAAAGCUCCUGCAGGAGAAUAGGCUAAGAAACAUACCUCUACUGACGGCGAACCAAAUGGCCGUCAUUUACAAACUCAUCUGGUACCAGGACGGGUACGAGCAACCCUCGGAGGAAGAUCUCAAACGGAUAAUGAUCGGUUCACCCAACGAGGAGGAAGAUCAACAUGACGUGCACUUCCGGCACAUAACGGAAAUCACAAUCCUAACAGUACAACUAAUCGUGGAGUUCGCCAAGGGACUGCCAGCAUUUACCAAGAUUCCACAGGAGGACCAGAUCACGCUGCUGAAGGCCUGCUCAAGCGAGGUUAUGAUGUUGCGAAUGGCCCGCCGCUACGACGCUGCCACCGAUUCGAUCCUGUUCGCGAACAACCGGUCCUACACGAGGGACUCCUACCGGAUGGCCGGCAUGGCGGACACGAUAGAGGACCUGCUGCACUUCUGCCGGCAGAUGUUCUCCCUCACGGUAGACAACGUCGAGUACGCACUCCUCACGGCGAUAGUCAUCUUCUCGGAUCGGCCCGGACUGGAGCAAGCCGAACUGGUCGAGCACAUCCAGAGCUACUACAUCGACACGCUGCGGAUCUACAUCCUGAAUAGGCACGCGGGCGAUCCGAAGUGCAGUGUGAUAUUCGCCAAACUGCUGUCGAUCCUGACGGAGCUCCGAACGCUGGGCAACCAGAACUCGGAGAUGUGCUUCUCGCUCAAGCUGAAGAACCGCAAACUGCCACGGUUCCUGGAGGAGAUCUGGGACGUCCAGGACAUACCGCCCUCGAUGCAGGCCCAGAUGCACAGCCAUGGCACCCAGUCCUCGUCCUCAUCGUCCUCCAGUAGUAGUAGUAGUAGUAACGGUAGUAGUAACGGUAACAGUAGUAGUAAUAGUAAUAGUUCACAGCACGGGCCACAUCCGCAUCCGCACGGGCAGCAAUUAACGCCAAAUCAGCAGCAGCAUCAGCAGCAGCACAGUCAGUUACAGCAAGUUCACGCCAACGGCAGCGGAAGUGGUGGCGGCAGUAACAAUAAUAGCAGUAGUGGGGGCGUAGUCCCGGGCCUCGGCAUGCUCGACCAGGUAUAGCUAGUGUAGGGCACGGUUUCCGGGCCGGUUUCCAUUCCACUGCUGGCCAGCGAAACCAUGCUUCCGCCACCGUCGUCGGUGUCGCCUUUCCCCGGAGCGGACGACAUUCUGUUCAUUGUCGAUGGCUAGAUAAAGAGGGGGAAAGAGAGAGAGAUAUAGAGACGCACUCGCCGCACGUGGCGCUUACAGAUUCUACAGAUUUUCUCUAUACCUAUAAUUGUAAAAAGGCUUUAAUUUAUUUCUUCUUUUUCGUUUUGGACUUUGUUUUUGUAUAUUCUUGCGGUUUUCCUUACGCGCGCGAGCAUGCCGCUCGUAGGGACCUUGGGCAGUGCUGGACACUGCUGGUGGAAUAUUGACUUAAGUAACAAUACCUAGAUAGGAGAUACGAGGGGGGCGCAGAUUAGAAGGCGAGACGGAACGACACAAGAGGGAAAUUCAACAUUCUGACAGCAUCGUCCAGUGGCACGGUUCAACGUAGCAAGUGACUGAAUUACAAUUUUUCAUUUUUUUUUUGUUUGAAACUUACAUUUAGUAGGGCUAUUACGUUUAGGUUUUGACUUUUUCGCAAAACAAUAAAAAGUAUUCCAGUAGAACGCAAACACGGUACAUACGCGACGAGAAAGGUUGGGGCGGAACCGUCGGUUCGAAAGUUUUUUGUUUGGUCUGAACGCAACACAAAGAGAGAAAGUUCCGCUGCGCAGGCUUUACUGUGUAAUAUUAGGAAGUUAGGAAAGAGUCGUGUUUAUACUAAAUAUGACCAUUUAUAGCAGGAAAUCGGGGGGAAACUGCGACCCGCGACAUAACUCAUCCUCACUCGGAAAUGGUUUGGUUGGAAGUAGAUGUGUUUCGGACGAGUUGUGGACUCUAACUCCUAUUUUAGAAAAUAGAAUAAAAAUUACGAUAGAACGAGCUCACCAUUACUUGAUUGUAGUGGUUAUCUUUGUGUCGAGUCAUUGUAAUGAUAGUGGAAGUCGAAACAUUCUCCAUGGCUUACGGCUCCUGCUGUUGAACAGGACUUUGGCUGUCGAGAUGUGCUUCGGGCACGUCAAUGCAACUGUCAAACACAAAGAGUAUCGUUUCACUUGCACACAUAUACUUCUAUCCAGACAUUUCCGUAUGCAUCUACUACCACUACCCCCUCUGUAACAAAACUGAAGAAAACCCAAUCCCCAUCCUCCCCUCUCAAAACCCAUAAACACACACACUCGUACAACCGUAAGUUUACGCAAAUAAACACACGUUUUAGCUGGUAAGGAAAACGAAAAGAGAUGGAAGAGGUUCCCCAGUUUUUGGUGGUCGGCGAGAAGAAAACAACCCGGUGAGACAUAAAAAUCAAACAGUAGUAGGAAACAAGAUGCUGCCACCUGCGAAUCCGAUCGUCGGAUUCCGAACACACACACACACAGACACCCAUAUGAUACUAGCCACCCCUUCCCGAAAGAAUCACACACACUCACUCAUUCACACGAAACAAUGGAACUACUGCUAGUUACUACCACUACCACGACAACCACUGCUGUGGGAAUCCACGUGGAUCCCCCUCCCCCGCGGAGCUCCGUGCGGGAGAGGCCACGUGGUCGUCCCUUCGGUGGCGACCUCUUCCGGUAUCGUUUGGCUGUGACUUGUUAAUAUUUUUAAGAUGAUGAUCAAUAUGAUAACAGAAAGAAAUAAUGUAGAUUAUGAUGAUGAUGAUAAUACACACACACAAACACACUAUAGUAUAGUUUAUGAUGAUGUAUAGUUUUUAGGGAAGUUUCAGUGCGAAUCAGUGUGGAGUGCCGCAAGGCAAGAAAUCGAGCAACAAGGAUACGUUGUAGUUGUACUAAACUAACUCCAGAGAGUGAGGUUAGGAGCGGCGAGUGAUUUUAUAAAUGAGCGAAAUGCGAGCGAGUUGUGUAUCAUACUAGUUGGUAGGGUAGGAUAGGCGAGUGAGAAUCUUGGCGUGCGAAGAUAUGAUGAAGCGGAUCAAAAUAUGAAGUAGUUGGAAGAGAAAAGAAGCUCUAUUAUA